GGGUGCGUCAGGAGGCCGCCCGCAUGUGACUAUAUAUAUAUUAAGUGCUCUUUAGACCUUUGCAAGUGAUGUGUUCCCCAAAACGACUGUGAAGCCUCACGAACGCUCCAAAAAUAUCCAUCAAUAAAUCAUCCACCCCAUCCUCACCAUCUCGAGCCCCCAAUCACCCCUAAACGCCAACCCUCAAGUGAAACUUCGACUUUCCACCCCGAGUUAACCCCAAACAUGAUCUCAAAAAUUUGUUAUUUCUCUUUGACUUUCUGCAGCGUUUGACUCUUCCACUAAUAACAACAUUCAAAAAAACUAGUCAAAAAGAAUUUCCCGAUGGUCAUGGGGGCCUCAAAGUUAUAGUUAAUGUGUAAUUAAACAGUGAAAAAUUAAAGGUGAAGAUGCAAUCGAUUUAUUGGACUGGGAGACUGAUAUCACGGGCUAUAUGGAGUGGAAUAACAAAUUAUACAUCAGCUGCAGAUCCAGCGUUGAAGAAACGCGAGGUAUCACUGGUAUCAGCUGUCUGUGGCUUCCCAAAGGACUUUGGCCGCGGCAGAAUAAGCAAGGGACAAUUCGGUGAUGAUGCGUGGUUCAAUGCUAAAUUCAAAGCCGUCGAAGUCAUCGGUGUUGCUGAUGGCGUUGGCGGUUGGAGACAAUAUGGCAUUGAUCCAGGCGAAUUUUCAAGUUUCCUAAUGAGAACCUGCGAACGUCUAGUCUCUAUGGGUCGCUUUGUACCGUCAGAACCAGCUGGGUUAUUAGCACGAAGCUAUUAUGAACUGUUAGAGAAUAAGCAACCAAUUUUAGGAAGCAGUACUGCUUGUGUAAUCGUGUUAAAUAAAGAAACAAGCAGUAUUUAUGCUGCAAAUAUUGGUGACAGUGGUUUCGUCAUUGUGAGAAAGGGUGAAGUUGUUCAUCGUUCCUCCGAGCAACAACACUAUUUCAAUACUCCCUUUCAACUUUCUUUGCCACCACCAGGACACUCGGGACAUGUUUUGAGUGACAGUCCUGAAUCUGCUGAUACCUCGAGCUUUGGAGUUGAGGAUGGUGAUGUGAUACUACUUGCAACUGAUGGUGUUUUUGAUAAUGUCCCUGAUCAGUUACUAGUCACAGAGAUGAGAAAAGUCGAGGGCGAGAAAGAUCCAACGAAAAUCCAAGGGGUGGCUAAUACGAUUGCUUGGAUGGCACGUAGUCUGGCUUUUGAUGGUGCCUUCAUGUCGCCGUUUGCACAGAGUGCUAGAAAAAAUGGAAUUGAUGCCAUUGGUGGAAAACCAGACGACAUUACGGUGCUCCUAGCUACAGUGGCCAUUUAAUAAACCCAGAAGCCUGUACAAUAGAUAAUUACCCGAUAAUUAUGAUUUCCCCAUUCACAGCCACUGAUCAUUGUAUUAUACUUCAUUUCAUACAUCAAGUGUAAUAAAUGUUUUCUUCUUUCGUGAUAAGUUACAAUUGUUUUGAUCAGAAUGAAAAAACCUCGAAAAUGUAAAAAAAAAUUCUCAAAAUCAAAAUUCAGAACCAAAUUUUAAAAACGUCAUUUCCAUUUACUAGAAAUUAAUUCUUUCUUUUCAUUAAUCUCUUUUUGUAUAUUUUUUGGUUCUAUAUGAAUUGUUGUGUUUUGUUUAUUUAUAAAUUUUAUCUUUUUUUUGCCUCGAUCAAAAGCAAUAACUGGAGUAGUUAAUAAGAGCUAAAAUUGUAUACUUCAAUCUGUAUAAAAAUGAAACCAGUGAAAA